AGAGUUCCUGUGCUGCCCUUCAAAAGCCAGAUAUGUUUUGUCUUAACUUCAGUGGCCGUUGUUUAGGUCUGCACAGCCUGAGGUCGCGUGGUUAUUGUCUUAUGUUUAUAAUCCAGCUGAAAGUCAAGCUCCAGACACAAUACAAGAGAGAUAGGAAGAAUAAAGUUCUGCACUGGAGACCUCGCAGUUGAACACGUAGGGAACAAGUCAUUUUUAAGCAGGAAAAGGAAUGUAUUCAGAUGUAAUAAAACCACGUUCUGCCACUGCCUUGUGAAGUUCCCAGAGAAAGGCGCUGCUUUGAGCCACCGCAUCUGCCUCUCGCAGUCUGGCGCUCGGGAGACUCCAUCCCGCUCCACCAGCGCUGUCACACUGCUAUUAUUAGUUGAUCGCUCUCCAUGUGCCAUGAACCGACCCGGGACCUGAGGGCCGUAGGUAGGAUCUGAAAGCAAUCCUAAAACACCCCGGGUGCAGAGCACAAAGCAGUAACCAUGAAUGACAUUGCACAGAAAACCGAGAUUCUGCUCUCUUCAUCUAAACCCGUCCCAAAGUCCUAUGUGCCCAAGCUUCACAAGGGGGAUGUGAAGGACAAAUUUGAAGCUAUGCAGAAAGCAAGGGAAGAAAGAAAUCAAAGGAGAUCUAGAGAUGAAAAGCAAAGAAGAAAAGAACAAUAUGUUAGAGAGAGAGAAUGGAACAGGAGAAAGCAGGAGAUGAAAGAGCUGCUGGCUUCUGAUGAAGACGAUGACACCAAACCAUCCAAAGCAGAAAAAGGUUAUGUCCCAAAACUAAUAGGAACUGUUAAAGGCAAGUUUGAAGAAAUGGAGAAGCAAAGGCAAGAAGAAGAAAGGAAAAGGACGGAAGAGGAGAGAAAGCGCAGACUGGAACAAGAUCUGAUUGAGAGAAGAAAAAUCCAGAGAGAACUGGCCAAGAAAGCACAGGAGAUUGGUGACUUUACCAAUUCGGGGACUGACUCAGCAGCUGAGGAAGGGGAUGAUUCACUGCUAGUUACAGUAGUGCCUGUGAAACCCACCAAGACACCUGGGAAGAUGAAAAUCAACUGUGAGAACACAGGAGAGGAGAGAGCAGAACAGAGACAGACCCCGGAGGAAGAGAUGAAGAAUGAAACCCAACUCCUGUCGUUUGUCACGGGUGAGGAUGGCAGCAGUGACGCCCCCGAGGCUGUGUCCCCCGGCAAGCUGCGGGUGACGUUCGAGGAGCUGGAGCGGCAGCGGCAGGAGCAGCAGAGGCGGCGGGCGGAGCAGCAGGCGCGGCAGCGGCGGCAGCAGGAGAGACGAGCCCUGCAGGGAGCGGUAAACGAAGGUGGCGAUGAAGACUCCGAAAAUUCCGUUCCGGAAUUCCGCCCUGGGAAACUGAGACUGAGUUUUGAGGAGCUGGAAAGGCAGAGGAGGGAGGAGGAGAAGAGGAGAGCAGAGGAGGAAGCAAAACGCCGCAUGGAGGAGGAGAAGAGGGCGUUUGCUGAGGCCAGGAGGAACAUGGUGCUGGAUGAGGAAUCACCAGAAAUGUUUAAAACAUUCUCUCAAGAGUCCCUCGUGCCUGGGAAACUGGAAAUCAACUUUGAGGAGCUGCUGAGACAGAAGAUGGAAGAGGAGAAGAGACGCACCGAGGAGGAGCGUCGGCAAAAGCUGGAGCUGGAGAGGCAGGAAUUCCAACAGCUGAGGCAGGAAAUGGGAGAGCUGGAAGAGGAGUGUGAAACUUUUGAGCUGAGCAAAGAAUACGAAGAACUGAUCAAGCUAAAAAGAAGUGGUUCUAUUCAGGCAAAGAACCUGAAAAGCAAGUUUGAGAAAAUAGGGCAGCUGUCUCAAGCAGAAAUACAGAAGAAGAUUGAGGAGGAGAGAGCAAAGAGAAGAGCAAUGGAUGAAGAGAUAAGAGAAAGGGAAGCUGAGAAAUUCCAAGAGGAGGACGACGUAGAUGUGAGACCGGCCAAGAAAUGCGAGGCUCCCUUCACUCACAAGGUGAACAUGAGGGCCCGUUUCGAGCAGAUGGCGCGGGCGCGGCAGGAGGAGGAGCAGAGGAGGAUCGAGGAGCAGAAACUCCUGCGCAUGCAGUUCGAGCAGAAGGAGAUCGAUGCAGCCCUACAGAAGAAAAGAGAAGAGGAGGAAGAUGAAGAGGGAAGCAUCAUUAACGGUUCUGCUUGUGAAGAUGAGGAGGAUCAAGCUCGAUCUGGAGCUCCCUGGUUCAAGAAGUCCCUGAAAAACACGUCUGUUGUCGAUGGCGAGCCAGUGAGAUUUACAGUGAAAAUCACCGGAGAGCCAAAGCCUGAAGUGACGUGGUGGUUUGAGGGGGAGAUGCUGCAGGACUCUGAGGACUAUCAGUACAUUGAGAGAGGAGAAACCUACUGCCUUUACCUGCCAGAAACCUUCCCAGAGGAUGAAGGGGAAUACAUGUGCAAAGCUGUCAACAACAGAGGCUCAGCUGCCAGCACCUGCAUCCUCACCAUUGAAACUGAUGACUACUAAUGCUCUACCUUAGCUGGAAUCUUUCUUCCCCUCAACCUUCUUACUGCAUCAUCUCUCUCUCUGAUGGGGCCAACUAAAGAAAAGGAUAUGCAAUUAUUUGUCAUUCCUGCAUCACAAUAACCUGCAAAUUAUGAGUGUGUCUGGAUUCCCUUCGAGGCAAAAAUCAGUUUUAAAGGCUAAAAAAAAAAAAUCAAUGUAUGAAAGAUCAACAAAGGAGAAAGCUGAAUUAAAAUAGUGCUCCCCCAGUAAAGACCAACUGCUGCCUAAGAGAAUAAACUGAAUAAGCAGCUGGAACUCUGUGUCCUGGUGUCAGUGUGUUGGGACAUUCUGCAUGAGCACUGAAUAUUUCAGCUCUUUAUCCCACAGGCACUGAACUGGCAAAAGGAAAUGUUUACUGAUGAUGGUCAGACACCCAAGUGCACUGUUUUUAAAGAAUUAAAGAUCACCCAAGUGCUCACCACUUUCCAAAGAGAAUUACUUGUUUCAAAAUGGGCUUGCACUUAACGUGCUGUGCCCUGCCCAGCCUGUGCAGAUGAUAAUCCUGCAGCACAACAUCUCCCUCAGGUGUGUUGUGGUCCUCACAAUACCAACACUGUCUUGGAAAACUGCUGCUUUUCUCACUGAUUAAAGGAUGCAGGGACGGCUGGUGACAUUUAUGACUGGCUCAGAUUUUAAGUUUAAAGAAACAAGCUUAAAAAAUCUUGUCAGAAAGUGCCUGUUUAUAAUCUUAAUGCAAUGACUUUACUGCCCCAUCUCUAAACAUUGUCUCGAGGCCACUGGACUGUUUUUCUCUGACCCCUCCUGACAUCAACAUCCAUGUCACUGUGCCAUCACCAUCUGACCCUGAUUCAGCUUCUUUAGGAGCAACUUUACCAAAAAACCAUCACAUUUGAAAUGACAGGACGUGUGCACAGCCUUGACAAAGCCAAGGCAAGCUGCAGUAAAUGAAAGUUCUGCAGUCACUUCAAAAGGAAAUCUCCCUGUGGCAGAACCUGCUGCUCUCUGGGCUGUUCCCUACUGGAAUUCACUUCUGCCUCGAUAAAAAAUGGCCCCAAGUUUUCCAUUGGUAUUUCCCCCACGGGCCAUUUAACCAGACCGUCCCUCAUUUCACAUGGGUGAUGCCCAUGCACUCGAGCACCAGGUGCUGCAACAUUUCCCCUCUGAAGCUGUUAUUUCAAACUAACACAGGCAGGGACAGGAGCAUAAAGAAGACAAAACCAUUGCUAUUAUUAUCCAUCAGUUUACAUUUAUUGAGAAAAAAACCAUACAAAAGCCAUUAUACAGUUAAUGUGUACCCAUAUUACAUACAAUGUCAAUGCAAGCUCAAAACCACAUUUUUGUAAAGCAUUCAAUUUACCUCAAGUCCAAGCUGCAUCUCCCUAAGACACUGUUCCCAUCACAGUUGCCUUUUUAAGCCAAUCUUCGUUUUACACACGGGUAGUUUCUGCAGAGAACACUUUUCUCAGGACGAAAAGGCAUUCACAUGCACGCAAGAGAAAUAUUUGGGCACACAUAAGAGUUUCACAAGCUAGCUAUACUAGGGAAGAGGGGAUCCUGGCAAUUGUAUGCUUGCUGAAAAGCCCAGGCAUCCCUUCCUCCCCCCAGCUUCCAGGAAAAAAGCAAAAUAAAGAGCUUUUAGCAUGCAAUGGAAAACUUAAAAGAGUUACUCUGGAAGAGAACAGGGGAGAAACAGCUUCUACCAUC